ACACACACACACACACACACACACACACACACACACACACACACACUAACCUCAGAUGCACCGCCGCCUUCUCAUCUCAUCCCGUCUCCUCGUCAUCUGGACCCCCGGCCCCCACCCUGCCUCAUGGCGCCGUGACACUGUGUGUGUGUGUGUGUGUGUGUGUUGUUGUUGUUGUUGUUUGCUGCUUGGGACCGCUGUGCAAUGCCAUUCCUCCCCAAGGACGCUGAGCGGUUCGAUGGACUGUCUCUCCUCUAUUGGACGAUAAUGGGUCCACACGGCAUCAACCGGGCCGUGCAGAGGCUGGACUUCUGCGACUGCAGGAAAGGGCUCGGUGUGAAGAUAAUCGGAGGCUACCGAGCGGUGACGGGCGAGGAGUUCGGGAUCUACGUCAAGCGGGUGGUCGGCGGCGGGUUGGCGGCUCAGGACGGUCGACUUAAGUCAGCUGACCUGAUUUUGGAAGUCAAUAACGUCAGUCUGAUAGGGGCGACCAACGAGAGGGCGGUGGAGAUCCUGAGGACAGCCUCGCUCUCCAAUCACAUGUCCUUGUUGAUCGCCAGAGACGAUGAAUCCAGGAGAGAGUUUGCUGAGCUGAUGGAGAAGUACGGAUCCAAUAAAGCUGCACCUUUAGGUGGAGUCUCUCCCCCUCAGCUCUCCUCCUCAGGGAAGCUGACGGAGACGGCCUCCUCCUCCUCCUCCUCCCGGUCCGAGAGCCCCCAGCUCCUGAGUCCUAAAGAGGGGGUCACCGUCCACACCAAGGCCCCUCCCCCCAAACCGCCGCCCCCGCACGCCUUCAGCGACGGCAUUCAGUUGAUUUGCGUUGCCAAGGGAACGGGCCUUGGGCUCGUCGUCAAGGGCGGAGCCAACCGGGCGGAAGGACCAAUGGUGUUCAUCCAGGAAAUAAUGCUCGGGGGAGACUCACAGAAGGACGGCCGGCUGCAGGUCGGAGACCAGCUGGUGUCCAUCAACAAAGAGUCGCUGAUCGGAGUGACGUACGAGGAGGCCCGGAGCAUCCUGACCCGAACCAAGCUCAGGCCGGACCCCACGGUGGAGAUCGCCUUCAUCAGGCGGAGGUCGUCCUCCAGCUCCAGCAGCGGCCCUCACAGCCCCGUCUCCCUGCAGGGGUCCGGAGGGGGCGGCGCCCCCCCGGCGAGGCCCAACAAGAUCACCUCCAACCGGAACCCGGCCUGCGAGACUCUGCCAGCAGUCAGCGUCAGUCAGGUGCGAGUGACUCCGUCCAGAACCGAGCCAGCGUGUGUUUCCUCCCCGCCGAGGAGCGACGAAUCGGCCUGUCAUCCUCCUCCGAGAAGAUGUUCUCUGAGCACCAGCUGUCUACUCAAGCUGGAGCGGCUGGAGCAGGCUCUGGAUCUGCUCGGUCUGAAGCCCUCGGAGGCUCAGCAGCAGCAGCUCAGAUCCGGACUAGAAGCUGAUCCAGCAGGGACGGAGGCCUUCACAGACUUCGAGAGGCGGAUCCGGGAGCUGUUCCUGCCUCAGCUGGACGAGCCGAGGUCCACAUCCGACGAGCCGUCCGGUUCGCUGGCGUCUCCCGCCGCCCCCCGGGAAGAGGAGGUCACGAGGCCUGUUUUCUGUGCGCAGCCGUCGGCGUCGGACUCGGACGACCUAGAGGAGAUGGAGAGGCUGAGGAAGGAGCACAUCGAGGCUCUGAGGGAGAUCAAGAGGCUGCAGGAGCAGCUGGUGGAGUCUCAGCGAGUUCACCACCAGCUGGAGGAGGAGCUUAGCCAAGUCAGACAGGAGGUGAAGCUGGGAGCGGAGGAGAGUCGUGCCCUGAGGACUCGUAUCCAGCUGGCGGAGGAGGCCCAGAAGCAGGCGAGAGGGAUGGAGAUGGACUACGAGGAGGUGAUCCACCUGCUGGAGGCCGAGAUCGCCGAGCUGAAGACGCAGAGGGCGGAGCCUAGGACGGAGAAGGGGGCGGAGUCUAAUGAUAAGGACGACGAGGAAGAGCUGAAGAAGAGAGUCGCCGUCCUGGAGUGUCAACUGCGGAAGAGCGAGGCAGCCAAGAAGGGCUUCGAGAUGUCGACGGGAAAACUGCUGAGCUUUGUGGAGAACGUUCAAGAGUUCCUACUUGAGAGUCAAGAAACAAAAAAGAGCUACAGCUCCGGAGACGUCAAAGUCGGGGCGUCGUCUCAAGCCCCCCCACACCGCCUCAAGAGGAGUCCCUGGACGGCGUCCACGCUGGCCCAGGAGGCCAAAGAACUUACAAGGACCAUCAGGGUCCUCCUGGAGGUCGACUUGCUGACCUUCUAGAGGAUCCCACCCCGAGACGCCUGUGGGACAUCGGCAGCCAACCUCUCUCUUUCCUGACAACUCCUCGUCUCCUCAGUACCCGCUAGCAACGAACUCUCGUCUUAAUGAAACACAGCUGUCAAACGCAAAAUCAAUGUUCAAGUUCAAAUGUAUCAUUUACUUUUAGCAUGAAAAUGUUUUAUUCACCCUCAUCACCCUCUCUGAAAACAUGGCUUCAGUUUGUCUCUGGAUGUCUCCAGGGUGCCUCACCGGGAGGAGGCCGUUGUAAAGUAGAUGGACUUUGACCUUGUUGUUCACCUCAUUCAUCAAGAUAACUGGCCCCCAAACUGUUACGGGGAGCCUGAGGAAUAGACUCCACGAACUUAAUGUCCCGUACACAACCGAGCUGACGGAGCUAACCAAGCUAAUUAGCAAACGGUGACCAUGUCACUGUACCCAGAAGAACCCAGAACUCUUGCAAAGACGGGUGGAAAAGACAUAUCACUCCAUUAAUGACGAAUAGAACUUAUUGUGAAGUCCCAGUAUUUCUCCACGUUGUGUCAGAAAAUGGGCGGCGCUUCCUCUGUGAUGUUUCCAGUCAUCACGCAGCACAACGGUCUCAGUAUUCUGUCAGAACCAACGUGAUCGUGAACAUCGUUGCGUCCAGCUCCCUGGAUAUCAUCUGCAGGGAUGUAACGUGAUCAGGACUCAUAUUGAGGAGCCCGAACCUUCCCUGGCUUCAUCGCUGCUGUUUGUGAUUGACAGGAUCCAUCUCUGCAGGGGGCGGAGACGAGUUGGGUGACACGCCUCCGCAGGCUGGUGGCGAAUCCUUGAUAUUCUUUGUAUCUGUCCUCGUAGAAAAGACUGAUUCACAAAUGACAUCAUCUCCAUUGCUACAAAUAUACAGACAGAAAACACAUGAAAACUAAAAACAGUUUUCAUACGUAGGAUGUGUUCAGCCGUCAUUUAAUGUUAUUUGGUGUUGUUUUGGAUUAGCUGCUCCAUGACCAUGAGGCUAUUUAACACAAGCAGAUAUAACACUCCUGGUUUGAAUGUUCAUUAUAAAGUUGACUUCAUUACAGGUAUUACGUUUCAUCUUUAAUCCACCGUCGCGUCGCUGAGCUUGUGUUUUCAUCACAUGACGUGAUGAGCGGCGUGCGGCUCUCAGGCCCCGUUUUGUUUCUAUAAAACGCUUAUAAAUACCAGGACCAUAAGGUUCAUUGUAAUCUGAGCAGCCAGUUAGCUUAGCAUUUAUUAAACGUCAUGUUUUCAGCUGAUUUUGAUGCGUGAAGCCCGUCUGAAAAGAUUCUGAUGCGUUUGAGUUCUUUAGAGUAGCAUCAUCAGCACUAAGGGAAGAGAAACUCAAACCAAAACAGAGACAACUUGAGGUCAGACAGUGAAGGAAGCAGGACGUUAGUAAUGGGAUGCAGCCAUCGUGCCUUCGUCACCAGCAACAAUUAAGGUCCGAUCAGUUUCCGUCACGUUUGGAGUUUAUUGUUUGUCAUAUUUUCUGGGUAAAUAUUCUGAAAUAAACUUUUUACGAGUUCUUCUUCUUUGUAAGAAGAAAGUGCUGAGA